AUGGCAAGCCUCCCCGCUCUGCGUCUCGGACGAAUUGCCCUGCAAAGACCCGUCUUUGUAUCUGUACCUCGACUGCUGCCUCUCGCUCCCCAACUCCGAAUGGCCUCCAACACGCCGACACCGCGCUUUGCAGAAGGCGAAGACCCGCAGCAGCUUGGAUCGGACACCGCAGCGCUGCAGCAGCAGGGAUGGGCACUGGACGCGGACGGAAUGGGUGUGACCAAGACAUUCUAUUUCAAAAGCUAUUUCAAGGCCGUCUCCUUCGUGAACCUGAUCGCCUCGGAGAGCGCGGCGAAGAAACACCAUCCUACUAUGACUGUGCGGAUCGGCUCGGUCGAUGUUCACUGGACUACUCAUCGCCCGCGCGGCCUCACGGUCAAGGAUAUUGCGAUGGCGCAGCAUUGUGACAAUGGGGCCGAGCUGAUGGGAUGUGUUGAGUCCGAACAAGGAUUGAAGUUGAAGAUGACCCAGGACAUGGGCGACAUGUCCGUGACUCCGGACUCUGUGCCGCCUUCAUUUGGUGAGCGCAGAGGGCAUCGACUCGCACCGCUACAGACCAAUUUCAGUCACCCGCCAUCUGGUGAACCAACUAAAGCGCCGUCGCGAUUGCAGCGUCCGCGCCCACAAGAUUACCCUAGCAUUAAUGGUUCCAGGGAGCCAAUUCCUCUCCAGAGUCCAGUCAAGCGACAAACUUCUAAGAGCAGUUUGCGCAACUUGUUCGCACGCGACAAAGCUGCCCGCGCUGCGGCCCCCAACCCCAAAUUGGCUGAGAUUGAGGAGGCACAGCCCGCAACACAAACAGUCCCCGUAGCCGACAAUUCUCUUUCUCCCGACGUCCUGUCACCACAGACAGUAGCCUCAAGUUUCACCUUGACCUCUCCAACAACGCCGAAACCACCGGCAACCUUGACAACCGCGCGCCCAGCACCGCAGCCAGUCAUUGAUUCUAAACAACGGUCUCAGGAACAGUAUGGUUGGAAGCCACCACCUCUAUUCCAGGCCUAUCCCCAAUCAUUCAAACAUGAGUGUCUUGCUGCGCCUGCCAUUUCGGCAGAUUCAAUUCUGCGACUUCAUGCGACAAUGGGGAAGAGCGAGCCGGACAGUGGCCGAACCAACUCGCUAGCGCAAGACGAAGCAGCCGAUGCAGCACGUAAGAAGAAGGAGCAAAAAGAACGGAAACAUACACGGACUCUAUCUAGUACUAUAAACAAGGUUGAAUGGACAAAGAAGGUAUACGUCCUUUCUACGACCGGCUAUAUCCUUCAGUACGCAGGCGAAGGCAAAAACGACCGUCUCCCGGAGAGGAUGCUGCCGUUGGGUCCCAAAUCGGUAGCGUUUGCCAGUGAUGCUAUCCCGGGGAAACACUGGGUCCUUCAGAUUUCUCAAAAUUCGACGCCAGACACCGGGCCUGAGCCAUCAGAGCCGUCCAAGCCACGAUUGCGCUUCGGCUUCCACCGAGCAAACACGCGACGUCUGGCAAGCAGCUUUCUUUUGGUUUUCGAUAAUCCCGAAUCGAUGAUCUCUUGGCUGACAGUGGUCCGGACGGAGAUUGAAGCUAGGGGAGGGCCCAAGCUCACGACCGAGAAGCACUCUGAAGACGAUGAGAUGCCGGAGCCUCAAAUUCGGUCCAAGUCAAGUGUUCGGAAAAUGGUUAAGAAAGACCCGCAUCGCGUUUCCAGUCUAUUCCUGCAACCGGUGAACCUGCAAUCUCCUCAUGAGGAGGAUGAUAGUACGUCUGCCAGAGGGAUGACUUACCAGUCUCGGCGAAGCUCCUAUGUUUCUAUGAACCGCCGUUCAAUCAUUGACUCCCGAACUGGAUCCAUGUCUACAAGCACCUCCGAUGCGCACCGAUCAUCGUUCACAUCUACAGACCUCCCUGGCUCUCCGCCAGAAGUUCCCUUGCCACAUGAUAUGGAAUCAACACGCGCACGCAAUUCACCCACAGCCAGCCAGAACAAGCGCCAAUCACUUUUCGUGUCUCAGCCGCAGGCCGUUCUCAACUCAACUCGUCCCGAACAUGUACAAACUACUCCCAACUUCAGCGUUCCCCUAUUCAGCAAAAAGUUUGCGGCCAGACCGGGACCAACACCCAUCGUCAAUGGUCAGCCCGCAUCGGUGGCUGGUGUUCUUCGCCGAGGCGAAAGCACCGAGUUCAAUAUCUCCAACAUGUCCUCUCCCCCGCAGUCGCCCACAUAUAGCAUGGCAAGUUCGCGCCACACAGAAUCUUCGGAGCCAUCCUUUAUGCCUCUCGACGCAACUAGUAGGCGGACGUUACGGACGUUCAACUCCGAGGAUGCUCUCUCAAGGAUGGUGCGCUCGGGACAACCAGCCCCAAAUUUCUCCCGCGUACCUCGAGCCUCCGACACGAGUUCUCCACCUUCUAGGCCUCUGAGCUUGGUUGGUCGCUCUGGAUCUGGACUUGGCAUCCAGCUGCACCCAGAAGUACAAAUGCCAACCAUGUCUCCUCCACUGCCUCCUGCAGAGCCCGCUCCUACGCAACCCUUGCCGUCCUUGCCUACCCAGGCCCAACCUCCCUAUAGCAUGUCUCGUCGAAAAAGCAUGCCAGGCCUGGGCCUAUCAAUGGGCCCUCCGGCACCACCACCAAAUUGUCCACUCCCUAAGAUCCCUCCUUCCAUUGCCGCGCAGGCGCAGGCACCAACGCCAACCCCCCGGCCGGCCAACGUCUCGGAGACCGGCCGGUUCUACGGCUCUCAGCAGGUCCGUGAGCACGUUCAGGACCGACGGAAAAGCAACAUCGAGGAGUUCCCACCUCCACCAUCCGGGAAACUUACCAAGACGGCUGCUCGGCAAUCUCGCAUGAUCCUUCAAUGA